AUGAUUCAACAUUUGCCUCCACCUCCUUAUCGUCGCAAGAAGCCGUUGCCUGAAAUCCCUCAACAAGAAAUGAUGCCUUCGUAUCCCAUGGCAACAACAUCACCACCACCUCCUCCCAUGCUACCACCCGAUUCUUAUUACUGUAACAGCAGUAUGCAAUCGACAUUGGGUCUACCUUCAGGUCUUUAUCGUCAACCAAGUCGACGACACAGUUUCACGGAUGCCAAGUAUUAUGUCAAUGAGGAUCCCAUGGGGAAAAGGCUUUCAAUGAUUCUUCCAUCAUCCGAGAGCACCAAGGUUGAAGAGCAAGAGCAGGAUGAACAACAACAACAACAACCAAUGAUGGGUGGAUCAAGUUACACAGAGGAACCCAAAUCAAUGCAUGGACCAGAAGAACGGCAACCAUCACCACCACCAAAGAAAAAGAAGCAACCUACCCCACCAACACUUGAGAAGCCAUUUGAUCCGUCACUAUCAAGACCUCAUCAUUCGCCCAAUACACCUGAUUGCCUUCCAUCACCAGUGACUCCCAUUCAAACCAAGAUACCUUCUCCUUGGGGAUCUAUGGUAUCUUUGGUUCCUGAUACACCAACCACACGUCAAACGACUGAUAGCAGUGUGAAUUCACCCACAUCCUCUUCUUCGGAUCAACAACAACAACAUGUUACUACUACCACCACUUCCACCACGGCUAUUGUUGCAAAACCUAUCGAGUCGUCGACAAUGGUAGUAGCUCAUGAUACCACGACCAUGGAAAAGGAUGCCAUCAUCAACACUCAACAGCAGCAGCAGCAGCAGCAACAACCUCCUCCAUCAUCGAAUCAAUCCCCCGAGGAUAUUCUGGAUCCAUACAAAAAGCCACGUUUCACAUGUAUUGCGUCGUACAGCUUGACACACAACAAGGAUGCUUUACGUACCUACCGCCGUAUGGCCACCAAGACACGUAGCCCCCAGGUUCAAAUGGCUUAUGCAAAAUACCUACUUGACGUGGCUCGUUUGUAUGUGGAUGGUGGUACCACCGCUACACCUUUGCGUCAACGGAUGCUCGAUGAAGCACGUUACUGGGUCAGCAAACUUGCAAAGCGCCUUGUGCCUGAAGCAUUGUAUAUCAAGGGACAAUGGCAUCUCGAGAGACAUCAAAUCGUCAAAGCUAUGAGAUAUUUUGAAAAGGCGGCAAAGAAUGGAUGGAUGCCAGCCUAUAUCGAUUUGGCAGAACAUGCAGAUCGUCAAGGGGAUUGGCACAAGGCGAUUGCUUAUUAUCGAUCAGCGGAUGGCUAUGCCGAUGCAACUUAUAAAAUGGCCAUGUUGCUGCUAAAACACAAUAUGGAUGAAGGCAUUCGUUUGCUAGAAAAGGCGGCCAAUCAACAACAUUCCGAAAAGAGUGGCAAGGCAGCUUUUGUUCUUUGCAAUCUUUAUUCACAUCAAGUCAAGACAAGUGCAGAGCGCAAUGACGCGAUGGCAUUCCGAUAUCUCAAACAAGCAGUACAAGCUGGCCUGGUCGAUGCUGUGCAUCGUAUGGGACAAGUGCAUACACACGGGCUACUCGGACAACCCAAAGAUCCAUGGCAAGGAUACCAAUGCUUUGUUAAAGCAGCUGAUGAUAAUCAUCCAAAGGCAAUGCUGGAUUUGGCCAAUGUUUAUGUGCAAGGGAUCCCAAGUUAUCUCAAUCCGCAACCUGAAAACGCUUUCCGUUGGUGUCAACGAGCUGCUGAUCGAGGUCUUAAAGAAGCCGAGUAUCUACUAGGCACUUUUUACGAAGAUGGGAUUGGCGUGAUGGUGGAUUAUCCUCGUGCACUCGAGUACUUUGGAAAAGCGGCUUCCAAGGGAUACACACUUGCAGCUGAAAAGCUUAAUCAACCGGUGAAUCAACACCAUGUGUCGAUGCGGUGUCACAAGCCUGAUGCAAACAACUGUACCAUCAUGUAA